CCUUGUUGCUGCACCUUACCCCUUGUAGAAGGCAGCCCUCCACCCAUCACAGUUUUUCUGUGCAAACUAGCGAACACCGCAUGCAUUAUUCGUGCAAAUUACUUUUUUUUGUUGUAAAGUUGUACCUCUAGAAACCUUUCACUGAAAUAUUGCAAAUUUGAGAAAAGUGCCAAUAAAUUCACUUCGCAGGAGCAAGCAAGAACACAAAACAGGGCAACGCCAAGGACAGCAACAUCUCCUCCAAGGCCCACUACCCCACCUCCUUCCCUGCCACAGCCUACACCACCAUGCCUGGCCAGUUCAGAACCUCCAGUGACCCUCCUGUGUCCAGCCUCCUCUCUUUCCCCUCCUCCUGGAGCCCUGGCCACCUGCACCCCCUACGUUUCCGAGUCCGAACUGAAUCCAUGGACUGGCGGCGCCUCUCUGCCCUGGAUGUGGAUCACGUGGCCAGGGAGAUGGAUGUGGUCGUAUUGCAGGAGUACAUAUCUGCUGUCACCUUCUGUGAUGUCACAGGUGAGAGGUGUCCCCACUGCCGUAGUCCUGCUGACCCGGCCCUUGUCAAACUCCUACGUAUGUCCCAGCUCAGCACAGAGUACCUGCUGCACUGUCAGGACUACCUGAGCUCCCAGGUGUCUGGGCUGGAGGACCGUCUACAGGGGGCCCUCUCUAAGGCAGACAGAGAGGGAGAGGAGAGGGCCAGGCUGGACUCUGAGCUACAGGCCACUAAACAAGAGAGCAAACUCAGGAAGAAAAUGCUAGCCACACAGCAGCUUCUACUACAGGCUAGCUUCAACAACUACCACAAGUGCCAAUGCUGUGAGAAGUCCUUCAUCAACUAUUCCUACUUACAAGCCCACCUACAGCGCAGGCAUCCAGAGCUGACAGACACAGAGCGACAGAAGAAGAGGCAGGUGGAACAGAUGGAGGAUGGGAUAGAGGAGCUGAGAGAGAGGCUGAAACUGGCCCAGACUAGACUGGACAUCGAGAGGGAAGCAGAGGCCCUUAGAAAACAGCAGGAGCUGGAAGAUCAGCGAAGGAAAGACACCUCGGAGCGAGAGAAGGUGGAGAGCUGGAAGGAGGAGGAGAGGAAGAAGUUUAAAGAGGAAAUGAGGGACCUGAAGCAGCUGUUUCUGCAGGAGUUCAGAGAUAUGGCCAGCAGGAGCUCCUCCAUCGAGGCUAAACUGCAGGAGCUCCAGACCAGAGAAGAAGUGACUGUUUCUAACCUGGGCUCCUAUCAAGAGGAGGAUGAGCUGCAACAGAGAGAGGAGGCAGAGAAGAGGAUGAUGAAGAAGAAGAUGUCUGAGCAGAAGCGUGAGUGGAACAGACGGUUUAAGGAGGUCCAGAACAGGCACAUGUUGGAAAGAGAUGAGCUGCAGAGUGAGAAUGAUAGGCUGCAGCUGGCCCUGUCUGUAGAACACAGGUCAGACCGACAAAGACUAGAACAACAGGUCACCUCCCUGUCUGCCAGGGUUCAACAGAAAGACCGGCUCAUCAGGUCUCAGGAGGAUAAGAUCAACAAGAUGUCUAGAAGACCAGUGGCAGAUACUCCCAUCAAACAAGCAGUCCAACACUCCACGGAGGAGGAAGAAGAGGAGGAGGAGGAGGAAGAAGAGGAAGAAGAGGAAGAAAAUCUGGAGGACUCUGGUGAGACCAGGAGGAGACUGUUGGAGUCCCUCCGGGGGAACCCCGCCUUGGUGAAGGAGUUCAGACCCAUACUAGAAGAAACCCUGGAGGAGAGGCUAGAGAAGAUGGGCCUCAGAAAGGGAACCAAGGGUAUAUCCAAAAAGUCCUUUAAGAGCCUGAGAGCGUUGUUAUCUGGUCAGCGACAUCAGAUGUCCAGACAGAAAGCAGACCUUCUGGAGCUCAGAGAGAGCCUGGCCAGAGAGCUGACGCGCAGGGUGCACGCCCUGCAGAGGAGCCAGGGGACCACCGUACCUACUUUACCCAGACAGGUUACCAUACCCAGUACCACCCCUCAGUCCCACAAGAAGAGGAGUCCUAGCCGGGAGAAGAGUCCAGAAAGCAGACAGACACCAGUGAAGGUGAAGGCCUCUCAGAGGAGAGAGAAGGCGCCACAAUCUCAACAGACACCAAGCACUCGUAGAAAAAAGAACAGCACCCCUCCCUUCAGUUCUGAGGAUGAGGCAUCAGGAGAAGACAUUCCCUCUGUCACCAGCCCUGGCAGUAGGUCUGGCCCCUCUGUCACCAGCCCUGGCAGUAGGUCUGGCCCCUCUGUGAGGGUGGUGCAGUCUGGAUCCAGCCCAAGGCAGAAGUACUCAAUGUCUGAUUCUACCCAGGGAGAGGACUGGUCUGGGACAGACACAGAGCUCUCAGAAGGGCCUACAAGUCUAACAACCCACCGUGGAGUUAAAACCCUGACCAGAAGCUUGGAGAGACAAUUGAGCUCUCCAAUGAACAAGCCAGUAGGAGGAACCAGAUUGGUGGUGCCACCAGCAGCAACCAAGGUCUUACCCAAACCCAGGACAGCGUUAAAAACCCUACAGUUAUCGGAUGAGGAGAGCGACCUAGAAUUGUCUUCCAUCGAGGAGCUCCUGUCCCUGCCGAUAAUUUGGCAGUACGUCCAACUGGCCUCACAACCGCAGACCACGUGUAACCACGCCAGCCCAGGUCCUCCACAUCAGGCUUCUUCACCUACAGGAUUGUCUGAGACCAGCCACCCUGAUAGAUAUCUGUCAGUAAUAAAGACCUUUUGUGGGGGAAAAACUCAUUCUGAUUGGGUGGGCCUAUGCCCUACCAGGCCCAACCAUGGCUGCUCCCUUGCCCAGUCAUUUGAAAUCCAUAGAUUAGGGCCUAAUGAUUUUUUUCAAUUUACUGAUUUCCUUAUAUGAACUGUAACUCAGUAACAGUUGAAAAUGGUGCAUGUUGCGUUUUAUAUUUUUAUUCCGUGUGUAUAUAUAGGGACUUUCUUGGUAGGACUCGAACUAUGUUGGUACUUUGAAUGUGGUAAUGACUUGUUUUUUUUUAUAAUCAGGAGAUAUAGUGCCUUCA